UGCGAAUCUUAGCUAAAAUAGUUUUGAAACACACGGAGCAGAAGGGAUGAAUGAGCGAAAUGAGACCCAUAAAGACGGCAGACUUGUCUUGUGUUUUCCUCGAGAUCAGCGCGAGUGUUUGUUUCCGUUUGCUGUUUCGUCUCGUGAUGUGGAUGAGCUACACUGAUCUCUAGACACCAUAAACCUGAUAUAAGUUACUCUGGUUUUGAGGAUUGUUGAUUUCUCCUCGCUAAAUCACUCGAGAUCAGAUCAGUGAUGUGUUUGUAUUGUACUGAGGGGGCGGUGUGUUAAACAGUGUCUGAAACAAAAGAUGCUACAGUGCCAGACUGAUAUAAACAAUAACACUGAUCACUCAUCAUUCAUUCAAGGGAGAAAUGUGCUGCUGCUUUAUUAUACGUUUACACACACCUUUCAAAAUCUGCAAUGGGUUAAUAACAAAAAUAAUAAGAGAGGGAUUAUCAUUAUUUGUUUGUCCUGCCCUGACCAAUGUAUUUUACAUAAAAUGUUAUGUAUCCACAAGGCAGAAUAAUAACUCAAUACAUUUAUAAUUAGACAAUUAAUAAUUCUUUAAACUGUGUGUUGUUUCUGUUCCACAGCUGUGUUUAUAAAUCGUUGUUCAUGAGUCCCUUCUUUGUCCUGGGCUGUGUUUCUCAAAAGCUCAGGAAGCUAAAGUUGAGCAUGUAAGUCUGUGGCUUACAAUGCUUUUGGGAAACACAGCACUAAGCAGUAAACAAACAUAUUGCAUAUUGUUUGGUUUUCCAGCAUCUUCUGCACAUUUACGCUCUUUUCAACAGUGACUGUAUACUUUUGAGCUGUAGUGAAAGCAUGGAUGUGGAUGUGGUGAGUUUCCGUUUGCCUGCGCAUGGAGACACUGCCCUGAGUAACAUGAACUUCCUGCGGACGCAGCAGCACUUCUGUGAUGUCACCAUCGUGGCGGGAGGCAGGCGCAUGUUCAGGGGUCACAAGGUCGUACUGGCGGCUUGCUCUGUGUUUCUCAGGGACCAGUUUCUCAUGAACCCCUCAUCAGAGCUACAGCAGGUGUCGAUGUUGCACAGCUCAGCAGUGGUAUGUGAACUCCUCCAGUCCUGUUACACAGGGAUGCUUCAGUUCAGUGCCAAAGAGAUCGUGAACUACCUGACUGCAGCCAGCUACCUGCAGAUGGAGCAUGUGGUGGAGAAAUGCAGAGGAGCCCUGAGCCAGUACAUGCAGCCCCAGACUGGCAGCCCAGUUGGGAAUGUCUCAACCUCAAACAAGGCUAUUCAGACUGUGAAUUCAGAAGACUGUCUGUCUAUGCCGGUGAUUGUCAGUGUGAGAGGAUCAGAUGCAUCUGGACACUUCGAGGGAGAGGACGGGCCUGAGAGUGACAUCAUUCAGGUGCAGAUCAACGAUGAACAUCAAGCCCCCGAGAAGACCUCUGGUGCUGAGGAGGAAGACCGAGAAGCUGUUGUCGUGUUAGAUGACCACGAACCGAUGGACGCAGGUAUAGAGGAGCCCAGUAUGGAGGGGCAAGCUAAAGGCAACGACCUCAGAGGGGCAGGCCGCAUGUGGAGACGACGGCACGGAGAGCACAGGGGAGGCAGAGGAAGAGGCUUUAAACACAGGAAACGAUACAUAUUCAAAGACCGCAAGCUCUUGGGUAACUAUCAGGAUUAUCAGGAGUGCCUCUCAACGCCAGAUGAGACUACAGGUAAUUUUGGAGCGGACUUUCAGGCCGAUUUCAAGUCCAAUCAUCAGCUCACAGAUGGUCCUGUCUUAGUUGAGUAUAGGGCUGGAGAGGGACAAGGAGAAGAGAUCGUCUCUGAUGGAGGUCCUGCACACUUUGGUGUGGAAGCCUCCAGCGGGGAACAGGGAAUGAGAGUUGGGACACAUACAAAUGAGCAUGGAGCUGCUGACGAGUCUGUGGGGGUGGUGGGAUCCACGUCCUCCGUGGCGGGACCAGUGGUGUGUGAGCAGUGCGGACUGGCAGUUUGCUCAAUGCAGGACUUAGCCAUGCAUUCCCUGGUGUCACAUCGACUGUACAUGUGUCCGUGCUGCGGGAAGCACUUCAACCACUUUAAUAUCCUCAACCGCCACAUGAUCGUCCACCGUGGAGUUUCCAAGCUCCACUGUUGCCCCCUGUGCCACAAGACCUUCACUCAGAAGUCAACACUGUUAGACCACAUGAAUGUGCACAGUGGGGAGCGGCCGUAUGUGUGUGCAUACUGCCACGUCAGCUUCGCCCACAAGUCUGCUCUGCGCCGUCACCUGAUGGAGCAACACGGAAAGACCAUGCCCCAAAACCAAAUAGAGAUGCAGCGAAACAAUGGCCUAGGGUUUUAAAUCAGAUUUAAAUAGGUAAAGUGGGUGUUAGAAUGAAAAUAAAAAUCUACCCUUUAUUUAUUUUCUUAAUACUGUUUUAUAUAUUCAUUUUGCACAGCCGUAAAAAAUGUCUUCGAAAUUGAUAUGUAUGUAGUAACUAUGCAUUUGAGCUCUAUAGUCUGGAGAGAAUGAGCUUUUAUUCAGUUAUUUAUGGAUCGUUUGCCCGAAAAUGAAAAUGCUGUAAUGAUUUAUUCACCCUGUCGUUACAAACCUACGACUUUCUCAACUGACUUUCGUCUGUGAAACACUAAAUAAUAUAUUUAACUGUUAUUGUCCAUACGAUAAAAAUCAAUGUGGUCCAAACAAUAAUGACUCCACUAUUAUAUAUACAGCUGUUGGGCAUUACUGUAUACUGUGUCUCCGUCAGAUCCUUCGAUCCAGCUGCGGACUUUCAUAGAUAUUUUGUCCCUUUAAUCCCAGGACAUCUUUUGGUGGUGGGACAAUGGUCAGGGGGGGAAUCUGUCAUGUUGGUGGAUUCCUGUUCCUUAGAUAUAAAGCCACCACCCUCCAUAGGCCACAACUCCUUUUUUUCUUCCUUUAUGUCUGGCAAACUAACAACACCCUCUUGUGCUCCUAACU